CUUCGGCUAUCGCACAUGAUCGCUAUCAGAGUUUGCGCAUGAGUAGGGAGAGUCCGUGUUCCCCGUGACAGUGUGUAAUCCUGAGAGGAGCACCUGCAUCACCCUUUCCAAGGUAGACUGUGCAAGAUGACGGUAACUGGCUGGGUCCUCUUUGCAGCUCUUGUCCUGGGAGCAAGCUCCAGCCAGGUCCCCCGUGCAGCUGGUUCGGAGAGGGAGAGGAACUGCUCCACAACCCCGUACCUUCCGCCCACGGCCGUCAACACCACCCUGCGUCUGCGGGCCCUGAGGAACGCCAUGGCCCCCCUCAACAUCUCCGCUUACAUCAUCCCUGCGACCGACGCCCACCUGAGUGAGUACAUCGCAGAGCGGGAUGCGAGAACGGCUUGGAUCUCGGGUUUCACCGGAUCUGCUGGCACGGCAGUAGUGACCCCAAACCAGGCUCUCCUCUGGACCGACAGCCGGUACUGGAUUCAGGCCGAACGCCAAAUGGACUGCAACUGGGAGUUGGUGAAAGACCCUUCCAUCAGGGGCAUUACGGAUUGGUUGAUCACACACAUCACGGAGGGGGAGGAGAUUGGCUUCGACCCUUUCCUCUUCUCCAUUGAAACGUUCAAGGCCUAUAACGUCAGGCUGGCUCCUGCUAACCGGACCCUGAAGUCUCUCCCAGACAAUCUGGUGGAUAAGGUGUGGACCGAUCGCCCCCCUCUUCCUCCGGACAGCAUCUUCAAGCUUCCAGACAGCAUCAUUGAGAGGACCUGGCAGAUGAAAGUGGGGGACAUUCGUCAGCAGAUAAGAGACAAUCCCUACAAGCCCACAGCUGUCCUCUUGUCUGCCCUGGAUGAGACAGCAUGGCUCUUCAAUCUCCGCGGCAACGACAUCCCUUACAACCCCUUCUUCUACUCCUACACACUGCUGACCUUGGACGAGAUCUGGCUCUUUGUUCACCUUGAGAGGGUAUCCGAGGAGCUGAAGGUGUACCUGAACUCGUCCUGUUACCUGGACCACUGUGUGCAGCUGAUAGAAUACCCGAGCGUGCGGAUAUACCUGAAGAACUACCUGACCCGGCCCAAAGUCAAGGUGUGGAUCGGGACGGAGUACACCACCCGGGCCCUGUCUGAACUCAUCACGCCAGAGGACAAGAUGCUGACCAGCGACUACUCCCCGGUACUCAUCACAAAGGCGAUGAAGGACGUCACGGAGCAGCGCAUCCUGAAAGACGCUCACAUCAGAGAUGCUGUUGCAGUCAUGCAGCUCCUGCUAUGGUUGGAGAACAGAGUCCCCAAAGGGGAUGAGACUGAGCUGACAGCUGCCCACUUUGUCAACGAGCGACGCAGGGAACAGAAAAACAACAGGGGCCCGAGCUUUGAGACCAUUUCAGCCAGCGGGCCCAACGCUGCCCUGGCCCAUUACAGCCCCACUAAUGAGACAACCAGGAAGCUGAGCGUGGAUGAGAUGUACCUGGUGGAUUCUGGUGGUCAGUAUCUUGAUGGGACCACUGACAUCACUCGCACUGUGCACUGGGGGACACCCACUGACUUUCAGAAGGAAGCCUUUACACGAGUGCUGAUGGGAAACAUCGAGAUCUCAAGGACCAUCUUUCCUGCCAAUACCAGAGGUGUGAACAUGGAGAUGCUGGGCCGCAGAGCAUUGUGGGAAGUGGGACUGAACUACGGCCAUGGGACAGGCCAUGGGGUGGGAAACUACUUUGGAGUACAUGAAUGGCCUGUUGGCUUUCAGUCCAAUAACAUCCCUUUUGAAGUGGGCAUGUUCACCUCCAUAGAGCCCGGAUACUACAAAGACAAUGACUUUGGAAUAAGGAUCGAAGAUGUUGCCGUCGUAGUACCAGCGAAUACUACGUACGGUAACAAUUACAUGACCUUCGAGACCAUUUCUCUGGUGCCUUACGACAGGAAGCUGAUAGACACAUCCAUUAUGAGUCCCCAACAGCUGCAGUGGCUGGACGCGUACUACAAGAAGAUCCGUGACAUUAUGGGCCCGGAGCUUGACAGGCAGGGCCUGAAGGAGGAGAAGGAAUGGAUGAUGAAGAACACAGAGCCCUUUUUGUCGGCUGGAGCCCCUGCCACCCUCUCCUCCCUCACUUUGACCCUCUUGGUGCUGUGCAGAGCGCUGGUUCAGCACCUCUCCUAAUGCUGCUAUGUCCCCUGGGCCUCCAGACCCCCUGCCUCUGCCCAUACACAUUUCAGGUGAAAAUGCACCAGGGCAUGGACCCUCAGCCCUGUACCUGUUGGUUUUCCUCAUUACCUAGCUCUUAUUUGGCCAAAAACAUGUUUUUUAUUAGUUUUUUUUUUUUUUUAAAGAUGAACACAAAACCAGAACCCUAUGGCAAGCAUGAUUCUACGUUCUCUAGCCUUUCAGAUUUUCUGGUCCGAGGCCUGAUUGUAGAUUAGGCAGGGGGGCGAUAGCAGGGGUUGGGGGGGUUUUGGGGACAGUGGAGAUGGCAAUUGCGGUUCUGUUUGGCUCUCCCUCGGUCAGAUGGUGCCCAAGGCAACCACCCAUGUACCAACAGUAUGUGGCCUGUGCCUGGAACUAGCCCUGCCUUAUGGCCUUCUGGGACCACAGCUAAAGAACCCUGCCCUAGAACCUGCAGAUUGGACCGUGUGUUUGCACACAUUAAAUUAAUAGGGUUAAAUUAAUAGGUCCUAGGACCACUUCGUUUUAUCUAUUUGUUUGUUGAGUGACUUGUUUUGGGAUUACGCCUAAACAUUCUUUUUUUCUGGUAAUUGUUUUCUCUGUACAUAAUGAUGUUGUCGCGCACGUAAUGCAACUUCAAGUGUAAUUUAUUGAGUUUGCUAAAUGUCAUCUAAUUCUAGUUGACAUUUUGUGAAUGGAUUUUUUGGUUUUUAUCUAUCUGUAUGAAAGAAAUCUCAAAAUCUUUACCUGAGUUACCUGAGGCUCACGGUUUAUAAUUAACAUGUAAAAAUUUGUAUUUGUUUGUGUUUGA